GUUUUGGCUUCGUGUCUCUGAUGUCUCCACAGUCCACACGCGCAGUCCACGUAGAAUCCGCACGCUGGGUACACGCGCUCUCGCGGCCAACUCGUUGACGAUUUUCUUGUAAAGGAACUGUGCUCAGAGUGUGCAUUGGACACUGCUGUCAUGAUGUGCCCAACGACGGCGUUAUAUUUCGUAGUCAUGUUGCUGUCAUUGACUACUGCGCAAGAUACAUCAACAGAUGAUAUUAACAAAUUGGAUAACAUAGAGGUGAAACCUUCGGCUAGAUUAGAUCCUUACAUUAGGAAAGCUUUAUUAAGAGCGCUUAGUGAACUUGAAGAAAGUGGGGAUAUUACAACAGCCUCGGACGCUAGCGAUGGACCUUUAAGCACGAACACUGGAAUUCAACUAAACGAAGACUUCACCGAAACUCAGACAGCUAAAGAAGGUAUCCAAAUACAUUCGUUUGUCGUAAAUGGGCAGGCAGCUUUUGAAAACAGCACAAGCUUUAAUCCAACUGUCUUGGAAAAUAACAUUUCUAUAUUAAGUACAACAGCUGGGAAUGUUGAAAAUCAAGCAACACUUACUCGUUCUACAUUAUCUCCGAUAAAUGAUUAUUAUCGAACAAAAAUCUCUGGAAUUAAUCAACAACAAGUAAGGAGUAUACCGACUUCAACAUUACAAAAUAUCAAAAAUGACGAAAAGGCAUCAUUCAAGCAAAAACUUUCAACAACGACCACAACGACCACGACCACGACUACGACUACAACUCCAAAACCAACGCACAAUGAAGAUGGUGAAAAUAUAGAAGACGUGGACAAAAGGGACGUUCAGGUCUAUCAAGCGCCAUUAGUUGCGGCUUUCACUGUUCAUCAAGACGCUAAUGGACUUCCCAAAAAGGUUAUACCACUUUAUCAACAGACUCAUGGCCAACAACUAUUAAGGCCUUCACCGACUAAUAUCGUGCCUAACGUAUUCACACCUCAGCCACUGAGACAAACUAUCCCAUUGCCAACCAAUUUACCUAACAGAAACAUAAAUACUCAAAAUGAAUUUAUUGCACAUCAGUUCGUUUUACAAAAGGAGUUGGAAGAAAAACAAAGGAUUCUUGAGGAGCAAUUGCGUCUCCUGCAGCUACAGCAAAGUCAACAAGAAGAACUAUUGAGAAAACAACAAUUUCUUCUACAAAACAAGCAAGUGCAGAAUAAUGUAUUUGACCAAUCUAGAAACCGAAACAUUCUGUCGAAUAAUCCUGUGAAUAAUUUUUCAGUACAGAAAAAUUCUCAACAAACUCAAUCGUUUAAUCAAAACGCUUUACGUCCACAAAAUUCAUUCCUAACUGUCCAGCCUAGUGUACCUGUGGAGCAAACUACAACCGUGUCUAAUCAGCAACAGCUUCCAAAUCGAGAAGCAGUUGAUUUUCUCUUACAAUUACGUAAUCACCAGUUUCCACUUCAAGAGAAUCAUCUACCCCAAGGCAUUGGUACGUUUUUACAACCAAGCCCUACGCAAAGUUUUCACCAAGGUUUAAACUUGAACCAAAUUUCCACAAAUCAACAAGUUCCUAAACAAAACACUCGUGUUUUCCGCCAAGAGGUAGGUGUUGGCAACUUAGGAAUCAACAAUCAAAACUACAAUCGCUUCAACACUUUUAAUCCUGUUCACACGAACAGAUUUUUCCCGCAGCAAUCGAGAACCAAUCAAUUUACACCAGAUUUUGAGCUCAAGCAAUUAUUAUUCCAAACUGGACUGAAUGGACGACAUAACGAAGAUUUGAAUAUUGUAUCUAAAGUUCUGUCUCUAAACCAUGGCAUACCAUUGAAUAAUGUUUCAAACCGUUUACCUUUUGACAGUAGAAGACAAGUAAACACAUUUAUCUAAACUAAAAGAUUUAUUGCUUUGGAGAGAAAAUUAGAUAUUUUAUAAUCUUCUUGAAAAAUACCGUUCCCAAUAUCCUGCAAAAUAUGUUUAAGCCCACAGUUAAUAAAUAAUGCAACCAAAGAAAAGCAGAGAUCCGAUUACAUAAUUACAAAAAUAUAAAAACCUAGAGAAAAAAUAAUAAGUUCGAUCGUAUUUACCGAUCGGAUUCUCUAUUAUUUUGAUCGCAAUAAUCGUAUUAAAAACAUAUUUAGGUUGAUAAUAUUUAUUUAAUUUUAAAUUACGAACUGCCAUAAGUAGGUAGAUUAAUUAAGUUUAUCACAUUUAAAUUUAUCAUAUAAGACGAAUCUAAUGUUAGUGUGAAAAUGAUUAAAUGAUAAGUGCUUUAUUUAUGGAGGGAAGUUUGCUCAAAUUCCGUCGAAAGUACUACGUAUGUAAAAAAAUAGCAAGCAUUUCGAUAUAGGUAUUAAAUUUGUAACAAAAUAAGAUUUGAUUUACUUUCCUGUCUUUUAAAAAUGUGCUUGUUUUCAAGUUUUUAUUUAUUAAGAUGUUCCUUUUUUAUGAUCUUGCGUCCAGAAACAUUUAUAGAAUUUGCAUAAACUCAAUAAAUAUAACUUGGAAGGUAGCCCCGUUUAUAAAAAUGGCACUGGGAACCCUUUCAAGAGAUUUAAUACUUAAGUGUUAAUCUAAUUAAUUUAGUUUAACCACAAAACAAAAACCGGAAUUUUCUAAACUCACAGUCUUUGAAUUUGAAUUUUCUUGCGGUCUUACAUCGGGCCAGAAUAAUCGAAAACUUGGAUUAUUGUGUUAGAUUUAAAAGUUAAUGCACUCGUAAAUAAUUUACAAUUAUGUUAUACGGCUAAAAAUGCUGUAAAAUUGUUUCGUGAGGUUCAUUUAUUACGAUCAGUGUAAUAUGUACGGAAACAAAUUUUACAAUACAAUUCAAAUAGCACAUUUAUUUGACACUGUUGACUGUAUUGAUUGUAUUGAUUUCAUAAUUUAUUUUUAAGAUGUUGGAGUUGGAAAAGCUUAUACUAAUGUCAUUAGAAAAAAAUCGUAACUGGGAACCCAACCAAUUAACUUUCGAUGUAGAUCUGAAUACUUAAUUUUUGAUUUUAUGCUACAUAUUUCAUACAUUUACAAGCCAUUUUUUUAAUUCAUUCAUACCUUUGUUUAGAUUCAUAGAAAUGUAAGAAAUUAUGUAAAUAUACCUAUUGUACUGUACUUACUAUUAAAAAUUGUCACAUCGUGUUAUUGAAAAUAUGUAUGUAUUAAGAAUAAAUUAAAAUGAAUAUGUAAACGAA